AUGGAGCUAUCAGCGGUGGAGUUUACUGGUGACUGGGGCGUCAAUGUGACGUCGGCAUUAGGAGAAAAUACGAAGACCCGACAACAAGCGUUGAACGACAACAACGUCCAGUAUAAUGUGGCCCUGGGCAUGUUCCUCGACGCGAACGAGACGCAGGCGCAGGCAGAUCUACCACAUUACGAGGUCAUGGUGUGGCUGUCAUAUUCCUAUAACGUCUAUCCAGUCGGCAUAGAUACUUCCAGCCUUGACAAGGAUCAGUAUAUCGUGAAUGGAACCAGAUUCUUCCUAUACCAUGGAAACAACACUCAGGGCCAGACGGUCUGCUCAUGGCUCCCGGAGAAUAAUCUUACCCACACGUCCGGCGACUUCUCUCCUCUCGUUCACUAUCUCUGGCAGUUUAACUUCAUGCCGCAAAAUAUCUACUUAGGCACGAUACAGUUCGGCACCGAGACCUUCCAUGCGACGAGCGAAGUCUCAUUCUCUGCCGGUAACUACAGUUUGAGCAUAAGCCAUGAUGAGAAUCUGCAAGUGCCGAAGCUUGAGGCUCCAAAGCUGGUCAAAAUCCCGGAUCAGGUACCGACGAUGGCAAGAUUUGAAAGUGGAGUGAGUCCUGGCGCGUUACAUCGGCCGUGCUUGAUGGCUUUCUUGAUUCUGUCGACGCUGCUGGUGUUGCACUGUUGA